CCAGCAUGCUGCGAAAGGAGAGGUCAAUUAUUCCGCCGACUAGCGUUGUUUCGGCAUUAUUCUCCAGACUGCGGGCCCGCGUCAUCCGGCUUGCCAUCCCCGCCAUAUCUAAUAAGCAUUCUCCAGAGCUGAAGCUCGUUGUUGCUUCAGCAAUAUCAAUAUCUCCCGCAGGACGCUAACAUCUAAGACGCUUGAACAUGCCUUACUUUCCGAUGAAUACCGGCAAGAAAAUUGAAUCAGAUGCGCCCAAGGAGGCACUACCUGAGCAGAGAUCGGGACAUACCACGAACCCUCCGGCUUCAGUGAUAGUCAAGAACCGCCGCAAGCGCUAUCUUGACGCUCACCCGGAGUAUUUCUCUGCUGACCUCGAGCUUGCCGACCCAUUAUUAUACGAUCGUCUAAUCCGUCGAUUCCAGACACCGGCAGAGAGGGAAGCCGAAGGUCGUGCCAAAGGAUAUUCCGGCGUGCUGGAGGCGGAUCUGCGGAGGUCGGAGGCGAAACUGGAAGCUCUGGCUCAUCCAGACCCCAAUGCCAUGCUUAGCUAUAGCGUUGGACCUAACGGCGAGAUCCUAGCAGAGGACCGAGAUGACGUACCUGAAGAUAAGGAAGAGGGAGAAAAGAGGUGGCGUUGGGAAAUGGAGAUGCGGUUCUUGAAGGGUGCCGAUUACGACUUCGAUUAUAAGACCGUUGACGAAAAUGACGAAUACGACGACUGGGGUGUAGAGCAAGAACGGUAUUUCGAUGAGGAAGAGCCUGAGUGGAUAGUCGACAAGUCAAAUGGAGGCGAACCAAAGGCUAAACUGCAGGGAGAGACAGGCAUACAGGAUUUCUGAGAUGCUAUUGUUGCACUACGCAUACAGCUUUUUGGAUACACAGGCUCGCCAAUCUAAAAAGCUCAUCAUAGA